CCCCUGCAAUUUAACAUGGUGGAGUACAAUGGCAGCUUACCUAGUUUUUCUCUGAACCCAUAUGCAUGGACCAAGGUUUCAAGUAUAAUCUUCUUAGAUGCCCCUGUUGGUACUGGAUUCUCUUAUUCAAAGACGCCGCAAGGUUUCAAGACUGGGGAUAUGAAACAUGCUAUUAGUUGUUUUAAAUUUUUGAAAAAGUGGUUGGAGAGCCAUCCCAAUUUCAUCACCAAUCCACUUUAUAUUGCCGGUAUUUCGUACUCGGGCUUGAUUGUACCUAUAAUUACACAAGCAAUAGCAGAUGACAUUGAAGACACGGGCGUGACGGUAUUCAAUCUCAAAGGUUAUUUGGUUGGUAAUCCAUUAACAGACAUAAAAAGUGAUUUCAACGCAAGGAUUCCAUAUUAUAAUCGCAUGGCACUUAUCUCCGAUGAACUUUACAAGUCAGCCAAAAGGAAUUGCAAAGGAGAAUACACAGAAGUAGAAGAAGGUAACAAAAGGUGUGCAAAUGAUCUUCAGGUUAUCUCAGAGUGCACUGCACAAAUAUACUCGAAGCAUAUCUUGGAGCCUAUAUGCUGCCCUUCCGGACAUCGAGAAGUGGAUUUUUCGGAGAAUAACCGAAAAUAUCUUUUAGAAACAUAUGAAAACUCAUGGCCUUCUGAAUGUUUUGGAUGUCGCACCUAUCCUUCUUACCUUUUGGAAGUUUGGGCAAAUGAUAUCGGUGUCCAGAAAGCACUCCACGUAAGAAUGGGAACAAUCAAAGAAUGGUUCAGAUGUAACAGAAGCCUGGAUUUUGACAAUGAUGUUCAGAGUUGUGUAAGCUAUCAUCAACGUCUCAAUACAAAAGGUUACCGAGCUCUAAUAUUCAGUGGCGACCAUGACGCAGAUUUUCCAUAUUUGGGAACUGAAUCAUGGAUCAAGUCCUUGAAUUUAUCCAUUGUUGAUGAUUGGAGGCCAUGGUUUGUUGAUGGUCAAGUUGGAGGAUACUCGAGAGAAUAUGAAAACAAUUUCACAUUUGCAACUGUAAAGGGAGCAGGUCAUACAGCUCCAGAGUACAAUCCCAAGGAAAGUUUUUCCAUGUUCAAUAGAUGGAUUUCUCAACAGCCUCUGUGAUACAUUGCUAGUUUCCCUUG